AUGGCUAUGGCAAAAGAGAAAGAGGAAGAUGAAGAGGAGGUUCAGAACUGUGGGAAGAGGUUGAAAUGCAUGAGGAAUGAUGAAGAAGAUGAUGGUGGUGGUGAAGCUGUUUAUGAAGAAGAGAGUGAGCUUCCUCUAAAGCCAGGGAUUUUCUUCUACCCGACAACCCCAACUUCCUUUGUUGUCUCUGAUGCUCUUGAACCUGAUUUUCCCGUCAUAUAUGUCAACAAGGUCUUUGAAAUCUCCACUGGGUAUCGUGCUGACGAGGCCCUCGGUCGCAACUGUCGGUUCUUACAGUAUAGAGAUCCUCGAGCUCAGAGGCGACACCCUUUGGUGGAUCCUGUUGUUGUGUCUGAGAUUAGAAGAUGUCUUGAAGAAGGUGUUGAGUUCCAAGGUGAACUUCUGAAUUUCAGAAAGGAUGGUACGCCUUUGGUGAACAGACUGAGACUUGCACCAAUUCACGACGAUGAUGGGAUAGUGACACACGUAAUAGGUAUUCAACUCUUUUCUGAGGCAAAUAUAGAUUUGAACCGUGUCUCGUAUCCAGUAUUCAAAGAGACUUGCAGUCAAGAUUUUGAUAAGAAUGGUAAAUAUUCUCCGAAGAGUGGACAAUCUUUGUACAGUCAGCACCAAGAGAUGUGCGGCAUUCUUCAGCUUUCUGAUGAAGUCUUGGCUCACAACAUUUUGUCACGCCUAACACCAAGGGACGUGGCAUCCAUUGGGUCUGUAUGUAGGAGGAUUCGCCAAUUAACAAAGAAUGAGCAUGUCAGGAAGAUGGUAUGUCAAAAUGCGUGGGGCAAAGAAGUGACAGGCACAUUAGAACUGAUGACCAAGAAGUUAGGAUGGGGACGCCUAACUCGGGAACUUACUACCCUAGAGGCUGUUUGUUGGAGAAAACUGACAGUUGGAGGUGCAGUGGAGCCUUCACGCUGCAAUUUCAGUGCUUGUGCCGCAGGAAACCGACUGGUAUUGUUUGGAGGUGAAGGAGUGGACAUGCAACCUAUGGAUGACACUUUUGUUCUAAAUCUUGAUGCUAAAAAUCCAGAAUGGCGCAGGGUUAGUGUGAAAUCAUCUCCACCUGGAAGGUGGGGCCACACACUCUCAUGCUUAAAUGGUUCUUGGUUGGUGGUUUUUGGUGGGUGUGGUAGGCAAGGACUGCUCAAUGAUGUGUUUGUGCUUGAUUUGGAUGCUCAACAGCCAACAUGGAGGGAAGUCUGUGGUGGAACCCCACCACUUCCUAGGUCAUGGCAUAGUUCUUGCACAAUAGAAGGGUCAAAAUUGGUUGUCUCCGGGGGGUGUACAGACGCAGGAGUACUUCUAAGUGACACGUAUUUACUGGACCUCACAACAGAUAAUCCAACAUGGAGAGAAAUUCCAACUUCAUGGGCUCCUCCAUCUCGGUUGGGGCACUCACUCUCAGUCUAUGGGAGGACAAAGCUGCUCAUGUUUGGUGGACUUGCCAAGAGUGGACACUUGCGGCUGCGAUCUGGUGAGACUUAUACAAUUGACUUAGAAGAUGAACAACCACAGUGGAGGCAACUAGAAUAUAGUGCAUUUACGGGAUUGGCAAGUCAAAGUGCUGUUGUUCCUCCUCCCAGGCUGGAUCAUGUUGCUGUCAGCAUGCCUUGUGGGAGGAUCAUUAUAUUCGGAGGUUCCAUUGCUGGUCUUCACUCACCUUCUCAGCUCUUUCUGUUGGACCCUUCUGAAGAGAAGCCAUCCUGGAGGAUCCUCAAUGUUCCAGGGCAGCCACCUAAAUUUGCUUGGGGUCAUAGCACUUGUGUGGUUGGGGGGACUAGGGUACUCGUGUUGGGUGGACACACUGGAGAGGAAUGGAUACUGAAUGAGUUGCAUGAGUUAUGCUUGGCUAGUCGUCAGGACUCCGACCUGUGA